AUGCCAUCUAGUACAGCGCAGACUGAAGAGCAAAAUGAAUUUGAAAAGCAGAUUCUGGAAGACGAGACCAGAAUUAUUCCUGAUUUGGGAGAAGGUGGUGUUGCAGCACAUUUGUUCGGUCAUGCGAAACGACUUGGCGAACAAUCUGAGAAGCAACUGGCGAUCAAUGUGUAUUUGAGCGACCAAUUCCCGUACAAUCGCUCUCUAGAGGAUCAUCGUAAUCCUGCACGUAAGCGUGUUUUAUAUGAUGCUGAGUUACCAUCAGCAUCUGUGAUAAUUAUCUUUCACAAUGAGCCAUAUUCAGUUGUUGUAAGAACUAUAUGGAGUGUUGUGAACAGUGCAAGAAGAAACCAGCCCUGGUACAGAAGGGUAAACUAUGUUGAUAGGCAUACAGGGGCCAAAAUGACAAUGGGGUAUCCCGGCCAAGACCCAUCAUCACCAUUUGUAAAAGAAAUAAUAUUAGUUGAUGAUAACUCAACAUUGCCUGAACUAAGAGGUAAACUUAGUCAUUACAUACGAACCAGGAUACCACCAGAUCUGAUCAAGAUAUUACGGUUGCCUGAUCGUGUCGGCCUAACACGAGCACGUCUCGCGGGAGCUCGUUACGCGACUGGCGAUACGUUGGUCUUCUUGGACGCACAUUGCGAAACGCAAACCGACUGGCUUAGGCCCUUACUCCAACGGGUCAAGGAUGCCCCUCAUGCUGUUGUGGUACCCAUCAUAGAUGUGAUAGAGGCGGACACGUUUUACUACAGCGUUCAAGACCCGGCCGUGUUUCAGGUGGGAGGGUUCACUUUCAUGGGCCAUUUCACGUGGAUUGAUGUUCCCGAAUGGGAGAAAAAGCUGCGCGGAUCAGACAUUGCCCCAACAUGGUCUCCAACAAUGGCGGGUGGUCUUUUCGCGAUAAAUCGUCAGUAUUAUUGGGAAUUGGGAGCGUAUGAUGAGCAGAUGGCUGGAUGGGGUGGUGAGAACCUGGAAAUGUCCUUUAGGAUUUGGCAGUGUGGCGGUACCCUCGAAACGAUUCCGUGUUCACGGGUCGGACAUGUGUUUCGAUCGUUCCAUCCAUAUGGCCUACCUGCACACACCGACACACACGGAAUAAACACAGCCCGAAUGGCCGAUGUGUGGAUGGAUGAAUAUGCCGAAUUAUUUUAUCUCCAUCGACCAGAUUUGAGGAACAAUCCAAAAAUCGGUGACGUGACACAUAGAAAGGUUCUCCGGGAGAAGCUCAAAUGCAAGAGCUUCGCGUGGUACCUCCAACAUGUUUAUAAGGAUAAAUUUGUGCCCGUCAGAGACGUUUUUGGAUUCGGCAGGUUCCGCAAUCCGUCCGGUCUCUGCCUGGAUAGCCUCCAACGAGAAGGCGAAGGGUCUCCUCUCGGCUCUUACCCUUGUCAUAACACUCUCGAAGCCACUCAGUACUUCGCUCUUUCACUGAAAGGAGAACUCAGGGACGAGGAAAGAUGUGCCGAAUUGCAAUAUAUCAGACGUGCUCCGGACGAAAAUGAAGCCAGCAGUCGGCGUGUGCUCAUGGUCACCUGUCACAGGAAGUUGAGGGGACAGCGAUGGCGCUACCUGCCGUCCAAACAGCUUCAGCACAUUGAGACUAGCCUAUGUCUGACAUCGCCGAGGGAAGCGGGUGGUGACGUCACGGCGGCCAAGUGUGUGUCGGGUGUGGAGCAGAAAUGGUCCAUAGACUAUACUGUAGAGAAUGACUUUAGACUUGACAAUAAAGGUGAACCGAGUGAACAAGAACUUAGAUUGCAGAAAUUGAGAGGACAGAGACGCAUCUCCCGUUCUCUAUUAUCGGUGAACGAAACAGAUCAACGCCGACACAAAAAGAGCAAAAAGAAGAGGAAGAAGGACAAGUUUAUACUGAAAUUAGUGAGAAGGGCGAUCAGCAGCGAGGAGCAUCUGGAGGUGGAUAUUUAUUGCAAACAUCGAACCCUGUACCCGAAUAAUAGCUUCGUGAGAGACAUCGUCAGCGCACUCAACGAAAGGGAUAUUACUGUGAUCAACAAUGGGCGUGUGUUUGAGAAACAUCGAGUCACACCACUGCACACGCAUACACACACACACAAACACAAAGUGCACGAAGAAAUCCAGCCGAAGGAAGUGAAACCAGAUGUUCAAGAUGAUAAA